AUGAUACGGUCGUCUAUUUUGGAGGAGUCUGGCGUUCACGAUUCUAACGAGCAAGAGGAGGUUGUGUCUAGUAUACAAGGAAAACAAAACAGACCGGUUCUAGAUCUGAACACGUAUCCCCCUGUUGAUGAAACAUCCCCUGUUUUCAACUCUUUAGAUGAACUAAAGAAACAGAUACAAGAAAUAGCAAACGCGGAUGGUUUCGUUAUUGUCACCCGUCGAUCAAAGAAAAUCGGGGGAAGAACCGGGAAGGUAUGGCUUGAAUGUGACCGUGGAGGUGAGCACCACACUACAGCAACACUUAGAAACGCCGGAAGCAAAAAAAAAACCGGUUGCCCGUUUUACCUGCUGGCUGUGCGAGACCACCCGUAUGAAACCUGGGAGAUAAAAGAUGGAAACAUUGAACAUAACCACGAACUUUGUGAGGACCUGUCGGCCCACGCAUUUAUGCGAAGGUUUACUCCAAGCGAAAAGAAACUGAUCGAGCUGCUGACAACUCAAAACAUGGAGUCGCGCAAAAUUUUUCAAACGAUAAGGAAGCAGGACCCCGACAGGUUUCAUGUUCAGAAAGAUGUUCAAAACGUUGUGGCGAAGAUUAGAGCCAAACAAAGACAAGGAUUGACUCCCAUGCAGUCACUAGAAAACGUGCUGAUAAACAACGACUUUAUUUACGGGACACGGGAGGAACCCGGAACAGAGGUCGUAACAGAGAUCUUCUUUCUUCAUCGGUACUCGAGAGACAUGUGGCGUGCAUUCCCCCACAUCUUGCUAAUCCAUGCAACGUACAAGACAAACUUAUACAAUAUGCCAUUUGUCCAGAUUGUUGGUAUAACGCCAACCAACCAUUCGUUUUGUAUCGCGCAUGCCGUUGUCAGUAAAGAACGGGGUGAUAACUUUGUGUGGGUGCUUGAGAGGAUCAAGUCAAUGUUGGAUGAAUGUAUGGAGCCACGUGUGAUUGUAACGGAUAGAGACCAGGCUCUUAUGGGUGCGUGUGCUAAAGUAUUUCCAGACGCCUCCAGACUUCUUUGCAGGUGGCACAUACAACAGAAUAUUAUGAAGCACUACAAGGGCGCCUUCACAGAAGAAGACGACUGUUACGUGUAUGAUAACUGGCUAAAAGACUAUAAGGAGAUGUUCGUCUUUGCGUGGACUGAUAAGAGGCGCAACUUUGGUAAUCGUACCACAAACAAAGUUGAGAGCCAACACGCCAACUUAAAGAGAUACGUCCUAGAUAGGAGCUCACUGGACCGUGUAGUUGGUUGUGUCCAGGAUAUAGUUGAGACACAGUUCGGUGAAAUAAGGAAGAGUUUUCGAGACUGCAUCGAAAAAAGAAUGAACCACCACAAACACCCGCUGUUUCAACACCUACUUGGAAAAGUCUCCCAUACAGCCCUUGACUUGUUGAGUGGAGAGGCACUUAGGAUCAGAAGCUAG